GUUUGUUUUUCUUCUAAAUAAGCAAACUCAUGUCGUCUCCUCUCGCUCUCUUUGUCAGACCCUUCAUACGAUGCUGUACGGAGGACAGGGUGGUCAAACAACAUGCACAGUGGCAAAGGUUCACCGGUGGUUACUCAGAAUGUGACCAAGUCCACCGAGCAGCCCAGACCUCAGCCAGACCCUUACCAGAUCCUGGGUCCCACCAGCAGCCGCUUAGCCAAUCCAGGUUCAGGCCAGAUCCAACUGUGGCAGUUCCUCCUGGAGCUGCUGUCGGACAGCGCCAAUGCCGGCUGCAUCACCUGGGAGGGCACCAACGGCGAGUUCAAGAUGACCGACCCGGACGAGGUGGCGCGGCGCUGGGGCGAGCGCAAGAGCAAGCCCAACAUGAACUACGACAAGCUGAGCCGCGCGCUGCGCUACUACUACGACAAGAACAUCAUGACCAAGGUGCACGGCAAGCGCUACGCCUACAAGUUCGACUUCCACGGCAUCGCCCAGGCGCUGCAGCCGCACCCCACCGAGUCCUCCAUGUACAAGUACCCCUCGGACCUAACCUACGUGCCUUCCUACCACGCCCACCAGCAGAAGGUCAACUUUGUGUCCCCGCAUCCGCCCUCCAUGCCCGUCACCUCCUCCAACUUCUUCGGACCCGCCGCUCCGUACUGGAGCUCGCCCACGGCGAGCAUCUACCCCAACCCCAAUGUCCAGCGCCACCCUAACACCCACGUGCCGUCCCACCUGGGUAGUUACUACUAAGCACGCCGACUGUGACCCUGCGUCUCGCCCCCCCCUGCAAACGCCCACGAAACAAAACCAACCCCCCCCUCCCCCACCUCAACAUAUGCCUGCGAGACGAAGAAGAGUCCCAAAUGAAGGACGAUCAAAUCCAAGGAUUUUUAAAAACGUUAUUUGUAAAAAUCUAUUAAAAAAAAAAAAAAAUGAAUGCUACGGCCCAAAAUGGAAUACUACUUACUUUUACUAGCAACAAUGUUUUAAUGCUUUUCAUGACCCGCAGCUUCGUUUCCUACUUUCUCCAAAAUUCCCCUCCGAGCAAUGCGGGACGAUGUCCCGCGUCUCGUUCCUCUUCAGAACCAGACAUGGGCCUUUUUCUCUUUUUUUAAUGGGUCUUAAUCUACAUCCUCCUCAGUACGUUGUGUACAUUCCUCUUGUAGCACCUGACUUGCCCCCCCCCCACCCCCCCCUACCCCUGGCCUUUCUCCGUCUGCUCGCCCUGUUCGUGUGUGUUUGUGUGUGUGUGCGUGCAUGUGUGGAGAGUCGUCUGGAAUUCGCUGGAUAAGAAGGAGCUCUCAAAGAGUUUAGUUUGAGUUGAACUUUUUCUCAGCACUGAAUGAAAUCUGGCAACUGGAAUAUGCCAUUCACAAUUGUAUUUAUCCUCCAAACUGGAAAGCUAGAGAAGAGUUUAAAUUCCCGGAGAAGGAAGCGCUGUAUGUUCCUCUGACCUGGGUCAGCGUGCGUGGCGCUGCAGACGGGCGGCGCGUACAGUUGACUCGACCGCGGAAGUCGAGAUGUAAUUGAAGUCAUUUGUAACAGUAACUCAACCCAGGUCAGAUGUUUUCAGGGGGAAGGAGGGGGGGGGGGGGCACACACACGAGGCUAUUAAAUAUUUUCCUUGUUGUUGCCUUUCAGCCAAUGUCGUUUCCAGAUGUUUUGUUGCUCGACCAUGUCAGUAUUAAUGUGAAUGUCUUCUGGUUUGCGAAACACGAAAAAAGGGGGACACCCUGCAGCAAAAUCUAAAUUUGUCAGAUGCUUUUAUUUAAAAUCUUUUUUUAAUGAAAACAAUGACGUCACGUCUGCUGCAGAUGCCUGAAUCCAAAGCAUAAAAAGUGCCUUUUUUUCUAGAUAGUUAUCUAAACAAAAAGACCGUAUGUUGUUUGGAUUGUUUCAGCCAAAGUGCCUGAUAGAACCUCACCUUCACAGUGCCUUGACUAAUGUUACACGUCAUCAUCACCUCCAUUUUUCACCAGAAAUCUGACAAUUUUUGAUUUUGAGGCGCAUCCUGUCAACAAAGUGUCUCCCUCUUCUCUGUAGGCCAGUCGGGACCCUGUAGGUCGGCACAGAGAAGCGGCUUACCAUUCAGUCCGGUUAAAGGUGCAAGAUACGAGAUUAGGAGCAUUUGCGAUGGACUCUCAACAUGGCGACGCCCGAGGGAGGGAAAUCGGAGGGGGGAGGGGGGGUUGGGGGCUGUAGCUAAUGGUGCUAACGGCGCUAACGAUUCAAACCUACGCAGCAUCGCUGUCAGAGCAGACGGUGUUUGACGGUAAAUGGUCGACCGGGGGCGACGUUAUCGGCUGUAUCCAUCGCGUGGCUGUGCGAUACGACGUCACGUAGACAUUACUCCACUAUAUCAUUACAUAGCAAAUAGCUGUUUGCUGCUAUACUAAUGCUCUGAAUGUCGUAUGUUGCUCCUUUAAUAGGCGGUUAAGUAGAAUUUUAUCGGGGCUGGAUCCUAGUCUGAGAGCAGCAUGUGUGUUUGAAUGUUAGUUUCUCACUGAUCUGAAGCCCAGCAAAAUGCACAUGAAUCUCAAGUCAGAAUUGCAUCAUCGUGUUGUAUUUCGUAUCAUGUCUAAACAUAUCCGUCUUCAGGUGUUCAAAGCUGUUGAUAGCAAAAGUAUUCUUUCAGAGUAACGUAAAGUCGACACUUGAAAAUAAAUUACUUGGGACUAAGUCGUUUUUCAGAGGACAAAACCAAUAAAGUAUGACGAGAUGAAACAAAGAAAUCCUCAGAUUCGCAAACGCUGUGCGUUUGUCAGACCUAUUUUUUAUUGUUUUAUAAGCAUCAGUCAACUAGGCAUUAAAGCAACUUACUGUAUAAAUUAUGCAGAGUUAUUUUCAUAUGUGACACAGUAUAAAAAGUCAAGAGAAUUAAUACGAGUUGACCUCGGUCAAAAAUGCAAACCUUUGAAGUCCAUUUCUGCUAAGUAGUUUGUUCCGCAUUUUAAGCGUUUUUAUAUCUGUACAUUUGGGCAAUACAUUUUAAAAUUUUGUUAUUGUUAUUAUUUUCUGAAAUUCGGUUGUUACAUCCUAAGUGUCUUUACGUGCACGCUGUAUUUUCUUGUAUUCCCAAAACGACAAAUGCGUGUUUGAGUCAUAACCCGGGAUUCCUUCGCUUUAUAUGCAACGUGUGAGUAUGAAGAAACUUUUCCAUUGGGAAUCAGGUUUUAUGCCAAAUAGCCCUGGAAUUUGAAAGCUUUCCCUGUGCAUUAAAUAACUUCAGGUUUACUAUGCAAAACAACACAACCAGUAUUAACAUCCGCAACCUGCUUCUCCUGAAAGUUUAUAGCUUUAAAAGAAUGAAUAAAAAAAGGGGACUUGUAAUUUGUAGCAUAAAGAAAGUAUUCUAAUGAACCCUUAAUUUCCAUGUUUCACAAGCAUUAUCAUUAAAGAAGGAUCUGUGCUACUUCGUAUAUGCAAUGUAUUUCGGAUACCAAAUAUAUAUAUAUAUAUGUGUGUAUAAUUUUACAAUUAACCAAUAUAUUAUUAUUAUUGUCAUUCCUGCAACGUAUGAAGUAAUACCUUUUGAAAAAGGGCUUUUGUGUAGGAAAAUGUGACAAAAUAAAUGUUUUUACCUCUCAA